UUUGUGGGAGAAAACUGCAAAUUAAAGCACCUGGUGUGCCCAGGAGUGGGGGAUCUCUGUGUCCAGGGUCACCUUUCCCUCCCAGCUGGGGUUUGGGAGGCAGGGAGGAGGCAGGUGAGGCGGGUGCCACAGGCAGGGGAGGAGCACAGAUCACCUGGGAGCAGGUGCAGCACCAGGAUCACCAGGGCAGUCAGAAGAGGUUGACAGGAUGGCAAAUUUUAAGGGUCAUGCGCUUCCAGGCAGCUUCUUCCUGCUCUUUGGACUCUGGUGGUCUGUGAAAUACCCACUGCAGUAUCUCAGCCAGAAGGUAAAUAAAAAAUCCCACAGGGCUUACUGUUUCCAGCGUGUGGAUGCCAUUGAAGGGGGAAUCAAAAUCUUCUUUUCUCUAACAGGGAUGCUGGCGGAGCAGUUUGUCCCCGAUGGUCCCCACUUGUACCUGUACAGCGGGGAGAAGCACGACUGGGUGAAGCUGAUGAACUGGCAGCACACCACCAUGUACCUCUUCUACGGCCUCUCCGGGGUGGUAGAUGUCUUCACCUUCAUCUCCCAGGUGGUGCCGCAGGGUCUGGAUCGCCUUAUGUUGGCCAUGGCUGUGUUCGUUGAAGGUUGUCUCUUCUAUUACCACGUCCUUCAUCGCCCCAUGUUGGAUCAGCACAUCCACUCCCUGCUGCUCAUCACCAUCUUCGCUGGGGCUGGAAGCAUCCUGCUGGAGGUUUUCCUGCGUGACAACAUUGUCCUGGAGAUGUUCCGAGCCCACAUCACCAUUGUCCAGGGAACGUGGUUCUGGCAGAUCGGUGUUGUGCUGUUCCAGCCAUGGGGAGGUCCUGUGUGGGAUGAGAAUGACCACAGCAACAUCAUGUUCCUCACGAUGUGCUUCUUCUGGCACUGGGCAGCUGCUGUGGCCGUCCUGGCUGUGAACUACAGCCUCACUUACUGCUGUCUCCAGAGGCUCCGGAGAGGCAGUGGAGAGCCCUACAUCAGCCUGGGGGUCCGGCAGCACAAGUGUGACAGCAGCUCCCAGGCUGCCUUCUUGAAUGGCUCCGAUGAAGAGUGA